CCAAACCUGAAUAUUCUCACAAGUUUAAUCUUGCCACUCUCUUUCUGUCAGUGUUUCUUCAAACUGCAGCUUGAACUAAACGUCUAUCCAACUCUGUUUUGUUCUGAACUACAUAGCUCUGAGUGAAAGCAGUACAGACCACGUUUUCAUGGCGUGGGCGUCUGGCACUUCCUGUUGCUCUUGUGUCACUUCCUGUGGCUGUGGUGUCACUUCCUGUUGUGGGAUCUUUAUAGUGAGACUUAAGGCUGAAGGUUUAUGUGAGAGAGGUCCUGGAGUCUGAAUGAAAAAUGUCAUCUUAAAGUAUUGAAUACAUGCCAACAGCACCAUUUCUUCAGGAUGAACUCUUCGGCUCAACUUUCUCCUGAGGUACAGACUUCACCCCCUGGUCCUCUGACUCUGUCCCCUUCAGUAACCACUCCCCCACCUCUGACCACACCUCCACCUGUGACCACACCCCCUCGGAAAUCAUCCAUAAGGCUUCAGGAGAGACGAGGCUCUAAUCUUGCGCUCCUAUUGGACGUGUCUGGCCUGGAGGCGGAGCCACUGUGCUCUGUGUCCACCCCCAAAGAGGUGUGGCUUCAGCUGCUGCACACCUCUUCUCGGAGACUGUCCCUGGCUGAGCUACAGGAAGCAGCAAGGGACACAUUGGCUCUGCAGCAGGAGUACCAGAAAAUCCCUCCAAACUUUGUUAGCUCAUUAGACUUAAAUGUACCUGGACACAUGAUUAAAGACCGCUAUAAGACCAUCCUACCCAACCCAGAGACUCGAGUGGUUCUGAAGAGUUCAGAAGAAGGUCCAGACCGAUACAUCAAUGCCAACUACAUACGGGGGUAUAAAGGAGUACCUAAAGCCUACAUUGCCACCCAGGGCCCCAUGGUGCACACAGCGGGAGACUUUUGGGACAUGGUGUGGCAGGAGAGAGUCCCUGCCAUUGUCAUGCUCACCCGGCUGAAGGAGGAGCAACAGAAGUGUGAACUGUACUGGCCACAGUCCGACUCUGAACCCAGCUCAGGAUCUUUUGGACGAUUCCAACUCUGCGUCACAGACAGGACUGAGAGACACGGCUUCACCAUUACAGACAUCACUGUACAGUUAAACUCAGAAUCUCGACACGUCAGACAUUUCUGGUUCUCGUCAUGGCCCGAUCACCACGUCCCACAACGCACCUCUGCUCUGCUGCGACUGGUCCAAGAGGUCGAGGACUUCUGCUCCAGGCCAAUCAUAGAUGGGGAGCAAAACAGGGGUGGACCCAUCAUUGUCCACUGCAGUGCAGGGAUCGGUCGCAGCGGCUGCUUCAUUGCCUCCAGUGUUUGUUGUAAACAGGUCAGAGACUCUGGCACAGUAGAUGUUCUGGAGACUGUCUGUCAACUGAGACUGGACAGAGGAGGAAUGAUCCAAACACCAGAGCAGUACCAGUUCCUCUACUACACCCUGGCGCAGUACUCACUACUAUUACAAGGUGAGAGUGUGGAGAACUCAGAACUGGAUUUAGGCCUGCAAAGACUGCAGCUACAAGACCAGUAGCAGGAGCACAAGAGACACAAUGUCAAGUUGUAGUAUUUGUUGUA